CAAAAAUAACCUUCACCGGCUAUUAGUAUGGGCAAAAUAAAAUAAAUAUUUUCACUAAUAAAAUGACCCCAAUAUCAGUCUAUCUUACCCUGAAUCAAUAGCCCUGAUGCAUUUGCAGUAAAUUUCUUUCUUACCUAAGGAUUCCUCAGUAGCCAAUAUGCAGUACAACUGUCCAUUCAUACCCAACCCCUAUCUGAAUGUAGCUCCACAGCAGUUUGGGCAGCAAUACAUACAACCAUGUAUUCCGUCAUACACAAUUCCCCCCCAAGACGUACCAGGGCGCGGCGAGGUGCUAUCAGUGCAGUACCCUGACGGCAGCACUCAGUUCUACUUCGUGCCUGCGCGGGCGCAGAGCGGGUGCGCUAGCUGCGGCCCGUGGCGACCGCCCGCCGCGUACCGUGUCGACAGAGUCUCUACACCUAUACCAGCCACUUUGUUUCAUCAACAUUACCCUUUCCCUGUGCCUUUUUUUGAAAGAGGAAAUAGUAUUCCGGAGUUUACUAUCCAGCCGCCUGCACCACCACAUAAGGUCCAGUUUCAUAACGAUGCGUGGACGUCCACUACAGAUCUGCAUUACUUUUACCCAAACCUGCGAGGAAAGCCGUGGAUUCCUAAAGUAGACGCUCAAGUUGAAACCCCCAGGGAACAAAACGAUACACCAAAAGUUCCAGAACAUAAUAGACCACCGUGCUUGUGCAGACCUAAGAAAAGAAGAAGCGAAGCGAUCCAAACUAAACUUCACUUAAGAGAUGCUUCAGUAGAUGGCAUAAAAACUAGAAGCAAAUCUAAGUCAGUGAACAUAACCGCACCAGAACCUAUGAGUGAAGAUGGGCAGACGAGUAGCGAACCAGACAAGAAACGUAAAAACAAUAGAAGGAGAAAGAUAAUAUACCGAAGCCCGACCAGACGGCCAUCAAAAGACACUAGAAAACGUAAACGUCGAUCUCGCAAGUACUUGAGGAGUGGUAACAGCAGCGACUCAGAAAGCUACGAAUGUCCGUGUUCAUCUGGCAGCGAGUGCGACCCCGAAUGUCAAGGGGUACCUAAGAAACGCAAACAAGACAGUAAAAGCACUAAGAAACCAGAAGUUCCACAGACGGACACAAGCUGCAAACUAGACCCUAAUUCUUGCUACGAACAAGGCCAAAAAUGGACGUGGCACGAUUUAAGACGCGGCGUUCCCGAACAAAAUUCUUUGAAGAUAUUAGAUGGUGAAGAAAAGGUAAAAGAACAUAAUGCUAUGGCAAUUGAUGGUAAAGAAAUGGCUGAAAUCCAAGAACUAAACCCCAAAGCUGUGAUGGUUGAUAGUGAAACAACCCCAAUAAUUGAACAGAAGGCAAAGGAAACAAUUGAAAAUAAAACAGACUCUGAAAGUAGAAAAAUAUGCACAUGCCCAGGAGCUAAAAGUAAAAUGUUAAGUUUUCGGCCAAGAAAAUUAAACAAUGCUACAAUCACGAUAGAUGUAGAAACGAAUUUAAAACCGAAGAAUGACAGUGUAAAAGGUCAGAAUAACGAAGAAAAUAAAUGUCCAUCGAACCAAAGGUGUCUGGAUCAAAACAAAGACAGCAAAAGUAAAAACAGUCACCAAGUAACUGCAGUUUCUAACAGUAAAAAAUUACCAUUAGGUAUUGGGAAGAUAAACAUUGAAAUUGCAAACGGGAGUGGCACUAAAAUUGCCACACAGUCAGUUCAACAAACCGAUGCUUUAUAUUCGCAUUCCAUGCAGGGCGUAGACUUGCCGGUGCCAUCAUGCCUCUCGAAACCAUCCAUGGACCAACCGGGACCUAGCAACGUGCAAAAGCCAUGCUUCCAACAUUACCAAGACACAGAAGCAUUACGUGAUGAUGUAAAAAAGCCAGGUAAAGAUGCUUCGAGUGGUGGUUUGUGUGGGGCCUUGCCCUGGGUCCUGCUUGAAAAGCUAGAAUCGGUCACAUCGUCUGUAGAUAAGUUCCUAGACAUGAUGCAGUGUGCAUGCGAUAAACAAAAUGACGGCCAUCCCCUACCUACUAAUGGAAUAUUUUAACAAAAAUUAAAGAAAUAAGUUAUUGAGUGAA